GAGCGUAGGCCAACCCGAGGCUGAGCCGGACGCAAAUUGGGCGCCCGAGCUGGUGUCGCCCGCGGCGCUAAAAAGACCGUGUGUCCCGAGAGAGGGUGGAGACAACGGCCGUGACGGGCUUCCCGGCCGCCCGAAGUGGGAGCGGUGUGGGCUGCAGGAAGGAGAGAGGAAGAGGAGCCGAAGGGGGCGGCAGCGGCCGCCGCUAACGGCCUCCCUCGGCGCUGGCAGGCUGGGCCGGCACCCGGCUCGCUCGCGAGUUCGCGCCGCCGCCUGGGCCCCCCGGGCCGCCGGGCCCCUGGCCUCGGGCUCGCGGCGCGCUUCGGGGCGGAGGGCUGCCGCGGCGCCGCGAGAGGCCUGGUCCCCGCCGCCAAGGGAUGUGAGUGGGAGCCCAGCCCGCGCGGGAGGGCCCCCGAGGCCCCAGCCUGGCGGACGCUCGGACCCGGGUCCGCCCCGGGGCUUCGCGGACCUUGACCCGCAGGAGGCGCCGGGUAGGAGCAGCUCCUGCGUGCUUAGGGGGGCCCCCUCGUCCCCUGAGCCGUGCGGCAGGUCUCGGAAGCAGGCAACGGGAACAAGAUGUGAAUUGUUUGUCUUCUGCCGACAAAGAGGCCCUUCCUCCCCCUCCCGCGACGGCAAAUGUUCUGAAAAAGACUCUGCAUGGGAAUGGCUUGCCUUACAAUGACAGAAAUGGAAGGAACAUCCACGUCUUCUGUACAUCAAAAUGGUGAUAUUUCUGGAAAUGCCAAUUCUGUGAAGCAAAUAGAUCCAGUCCUUCAGGUUUAUCUUUACCAUUCCCUUGGGAAAGCUGAGGGAGAUUACCUGAAGUUUCCAGCUGGGGAGUAUGUUGCAGAAGAAAUUUGUAUUGCUGCUUCUAAAGCUUGUGGUAUCACACCUGUGUAUCAUAAUAUGUUUGCUUUAAUGUGUGAAACAGAAAGGAUCUGGUAUCCACCCAACCAUGUCUUCCAUAUAGAUGAGUCAACCAGGCAUAAUGUACUCUACAGAAUAAGAUUUUACUUUCCUCACUGGUACUGCAGCGGUAGCAACAGAACCUAUCGGCAUGGGAUAUCUCGAGGUGCUGAAGCUCCUCUCCUUGAUGACUUCGUCAUGUCUUACCUUUUUGCUCAGUGGCGGCAUGAUUUUGUGCAUGGUUGGAUAAAAGUACCUGUUACUCAUGAAACACAGGAAGAAUGUCUUGGGAUGGCGGUGUUAGACAUGAUGAGAAUAGCCAAAGAAAAGGAUCAAACUCCACUGGCCAUUUAUAACUCUAUCAGCUACAAGACAUUCUUACCAAAAUGUAUACGAGCAAAGAUCCAAGACUAUCAUAUUUUGACAAGGAAGCGAAUAAGGUACAGAUUUCGCAGAUUUAUUCAGCAAUUCAGCCAAUGCAAAGCCACUGCCAGAAACUUGAAACUUAAGUAUCUUAUAAAUCUGGAAACUCUUCAGUCUGCCUUCUACACAGAGCAAUUUGAAGUAAAAGAACCUGGAAGAGGUCCUUCAGGUGAGGAGAUUUUUGCAACCAUUAUAAUAACUGGAAACGGUGGAAUUCAGUGGUCAAGAGGGAAACAUAAAGAAAGUGAGACACUGACAGAACAGGAUUUACAAUUAUAUUGUGAUUUUCCUAAUAUUAUUGAUGUCAGUAUUAAGCAAGCAAAUCAAGAAGGCUCAAAUGAAAGCAGAGUUGUAACUAUCCAUAAGCAAGAUGGUAAAAAUCUGGAAAUUGAACUUAGCUCAUUAAGAGAAGCUUUGUCUUUUGUGUCAUUAAUUGAUGGAUAUUAUAGAUUAACUACAGAUGCACAUCAUUACCUCUGUAAAGAAGUAGCACCUCCAACAGUGCUUGAAAAUAUACACAGCAACUGUCAUGGCCCAAUUUCAAUGGAUUUUGCCAUCAGUAAACUGAAGAAAGCAGGUAAUCAGACUGGACUGUAUGUACUUCGAUGCAGUCCUAAGGACUUUAAUAAAUAUUUUCUGACUUUUGCUGUCGAGCGAGAAAAUGUCAUUGAAUAUAAACACUGUUUGAUUACAAAAAAUGAGAAUGGAGAGUACAAUCUCAGUGGGACUAAGAAGAACUUCAAUAAUCUUAAAGAUCUUUUGAAUUGCUACCAGAUGGAAACUGUUCGCUCCGACAGUAUAAUUUUCCAGUUUACUAAAUGCUGUCCCCCAAAGCCGAAAGAUAAAUCAAACCUUCUAGUCUUCAGAACCAAUGGUGUUUCUGAUGUACCAACCUCACCAACAUUACAGAGGCAUAAUAAUGUGAGCCAAAUGGUGUUUCACAAAAUCAGAAAUGAAGAUUUGAUAUUUAAUGAAAGCCUUGGCCAAGGUACUUUUACAAAAAUCUUUAAAGGUGUAAGAAGAGAAGUAGGAGACUAUGGUCAGCUUCAUGAAACAGAAGUUCUUUUAAAAGUUCUGGAUAAAGCACAUAGAAACUAUUCAGAGUCUUUCUUUGAAGCAGCAAGCAUGAUGAGCCAGCUUUCUCACAAGCAUUUGGUUUUAAAUUAUGGAGUAUGUGUCUGUGGAGAGGAGAAUAUUCUAGUUCAGGAGUUCGUAAAAUUUGGAUCACUAGAUACAUAUCUGAAAAAGAAUAAAAAUUAUAUCAAUAUAUUAUGGAAACUUGAAGUGGCAAAACAGUUGGCAUGGGCCAUGCUUUUUCUAGAAGAAAAAACCCUUAUUCAUGGAAAUGUGUGUGCCAAAAAUAUUCUGCUUAUCAGAGAAGAAGACAGGAAGACAGGAAAUCCUCCUUUCGUCAAACUUAGUGAUCCUGGCAUUAGUAUUACAGUUUUGCCAAAGGACAUUCUUCAGGAGAGAAUACCAUGGGUACCACCUGAGUGCAUUGAAAAUCCUAAAAAUCUAAAUUUGGCAACAGACAAAUGGAGUUUUGGUACCACUUUGUGGGAAAUAUGCAGUGGAGGAGAUAAGCCUCUGAGUGCUCUGGAUUCUCAAAGAAAACUACAGUUUUAUGAAGAUAGGCACCAGCUUCCUGCACCAAAGUGGACAGAGUUAGCAAACCUUAUAAAUAAUUGUAUGGAUUAUGAACCAGAUUUUAGGCCUUCUUUCAGAGCCAUCAUACGAGAUCUUAACAGCUUGUUUACUCCAGAUUAUGAACUAUUAACUGAAAAUGACAUGUUACCAAAUAUGAGGAUAGGUGCCCUAGGCUUUUCUGGUGCUUUUGAAGACAGGGACCCCACACAGUUUGAAGAGAGACACUUGAAAUUUCUACAGCAACUUGGCAAGGGUAAUUUUGGAAGUGUGGAGAUGUGCCGGUAUGACCCUCUACAGGACAACACUGGGGAGGUGGUGGCUGUAAAAAAGCUUCAGCACAGUACUGAAGAGCACCUUAGAGACUUUGAAAGGGAAAUUGAAAUCCUGAAAUCCCUACAGCAUGACAACAUUGUAAAGUACAAGGGAGUGUGCUACAGUGCUGGUCGGCGUAAUCUAAGAUUAAUUAUGGAAUAUUUACCAUAUGGAAGUUUACGAGACUAUCUCCAAAAACAUAAAGAACGGAUAGAUCACAAAAAACUUCUGCAGUACACAUCUCAGAUAUGCAAGGGUAUGGAGUAUCUUGGUACAAAAAGGUAUAUUCACAGGGAUCUGGCAACAAGAAACAUAUUGGUAGAAAAUGAGAAUAGAGUUAAAAUUGGAGAUUUUGGUUUAACCAAAGUCUUGCCACAAGACAAAGAAUACUACAAAGUGAAAGAACCUGGUGAAAGUCCCAUAUUCUGGUAUGCUCCUGAAUCACUGACAGAGAGCAAGUUUUCUGUGGCCUCAGAUGUUUGGAGCUUUGGAGUGGUUCUAUAUGAACUUUUCACAUAUAUUGAGAAGAGUAAAAGUCCACCAGCGGAAUUUAUGCGUAUGAUUGGCAAUGACAAACAAGGACAGAUGAUUGUGUUCCAUUUGAUAGAGCUCCUGAAGAAUAAUGGACGAUUACCAAGACCAGAUGGAUGCCCAGAUGAGAUUUAUAUGAUCAUGACAGAAUGCUGGAACAAUAACGUAAAUCAACGCCCUUCCUUUAGGGACCUAGCUCUUCGAGUGGAUCAGAUAAGGGACAACAUGGCUGGAUGAAAGAAAUGGCCUUCAUUCUGAGACCAAAGUAGACUUACAGAACAAAGUGUUAUAUUUCACAUUGUUGUGAACUAUUAUUACAUGUACCAUUAUUACCUAAAUCAUGAUGCUAGCCAGCAAAGAUGUGAAAAUAUCUACUCAAAAACUUUCGAAGUUUAGUGAGUUUCUCUUCAUGAGGCCACCAGUAAAAGACAGUAAUGAAAAGUUCUUAACAGGGAAUUUUGUAAAAAGUUUCAUGAACAUUAUCAGUCAGCUAACCUCACCCUUCUCUGAUAAAGAAAAAAAAAGCCCAGACUUUUUUCAGCUUAGCUUUUUGAGAGGUGAAAAAAUUAUAAUGUAAAUUUUGCAAUGUUAAAGAUGCACAGAAAAUAUAUAUGUACAGUUUUUACCACAGUGGAUAUAUAAUAUCUUGGCAUCUUGUGUGAUGUUUUACACAAGGGCUGGUGUUCAUUAAUGUUUUCUAAUUUUUUUAAUAGUUGAUCUAUAAUAACUUCACUGUAUAAAUUAAGAUGCUUAGAUAAUUGAAUAAGCACCUUUGUGUCCUUGUUCAUCUUUAUCACUGGCCAGCAAUAUAAGCAGGUGUAUACUUUUAGCUUGUAGUUUAUGUACUGUAAAUAUUUUUAAUGGAAAGGGAACAAGUGUCUAGUUUUAUUUGUAUAGGAAAUUUCCCUAACCCUAAUUAAGAAUACAUUUUGAAAUAGAACAAGCUUACAAAGAUAUAACAUAAUCUAUUUUCUUAUUUGUUUCCCUUGUAUCUAUUUGUGGUGAAUGUGUUUUUUAAAUAGAACCAUCUCCAAAUUUUUCUAAGACUACAAUGAAUAGUCAUUCCUUGAGCUGUUGACUGCCAAUAAGAUUCUUCAAUCCCUGAGACCUAUGGUCAUGAAUUAAAUUGAAGUAUAAGCCAUAAAAUAGAUUGUUUUUAAAAUGCAUAAGCUCAUUAAGAUGCAUAGAAGGUUAGGAAAUUUUUUUCUAAAAACUAUAUUUGAGGGGUUUCAGAACUCUAUUGCAGUCAUGAAAGAGAUUUAUUUCCUUUUGUGAGAGGGUCAUAUACAAGAGGGAAAAGAGGUAAAUUGGUGAAAAAGUAUGCUUGUUAAUUUUAUUCAAAAUGACAGUAGAAAAUUCAUAAUGUAUAUCUUUAAAAUCAGAACAUACAUAUUUUUCAAUUAAGUAUAAAGGGUUGUUUAUUGUUGUCAUUUGUUUUAAUGCUACUCCACUUUAGGCACCAUCCCUAAAAUAAAAUAUGGUGGGGUUUUUUUUUUCGUGUGUGUUAUUUAUACAAAGUUUCAAAUACUUGGUAUUUUGGUUAAAAAGAAAAUAGUUUCUGUAUUUUUGGUGGUAUAUGCUAUUUUUUUUAAACUUGUAUUUAAGACUUCUGAUUUUGGGUUGAAAGCAUUAGGGAAGAAAUGCUUUUUACAUUUAUCAUACUUAAGGCAUUUUAGUAGUUACCAGAUACCAGUUACCAGUAGUUAUCAUCUAAAAUGACAGUAUUAUUAAAUUUUUAAAAGAUUUCUAGUAGAUAUUUUGGUGAGAGUUGAAUAUAAUUUUUAUUUAAUUUAUAAAGACUCCUCAAGGAUCUGUAUACGUAAUACAAUUAAGAGAUCUUCCAUUGUACUACUUUUCAAGUGAAAUAGUAGCAUACUAUAAUCUUGAUUUCAGGUUUUUGUACUAAAACUUAAGUGUGCACUUAAAAGUAGAUUCUUCUCAAAGGUCUUUAAAAUUUUGUUUUUAAAAACACGAUGUGAACUAAGUUUCUUUAAUGUUUCAUCUUUUAGUUUUAGGUAAGGAAUCCCACAUACACAUUCUUAAGUUUUUAGAGUGGGAUAAUAACCUUAUUGUAAAAUUUUAAGCUUUCAAGAGACUGCUUUCUUAUGGAGGAUUUGUGCUCUUGUCAAUUUUGAUUCUGACUAUACAUAAUAGGAAACUAAUCUUGCAACUAUUCAGUUGGUUCUGUACAAGAAACAGGUAAGUAAUUAUUGUACCAGUUAAUGCCAAAAUGUUUUUUCAAGUAAUAUUCUUCAGAAAUGAGGGUGAAGGUUUUCUUAGAAUUCUGUAAAUAUUCCAGUAUAUUAAGUUAUGCAGUCUUUAUAUAAAAAUUCCAUGCUUCCAUGGGUAUUUGCUUGGGAAAUAGUCACUUUUUCAUGCUCUUUAUAUAUGCUGCCAGUAACACUAUAAUUUGCUCUGGAAUAGUGUUCUUAUAACCCAAGACUUCUGCUUUAAAGUCAAGGGAAAUUUUAUCACAACUGUAACUUCUGAUAUUUAAAUAGUUUUAUUAUGCAGUAGACAUUAGAAAAUAACUACAGUUCUGUAUCUGGGGAGCCAUUCGCCAUGGGGUGGCAUUAUGUGCUCAAUUUACUGAGAUUAUGUUAAUUUCUUUAUUAAGCUUUUAGCAUGUUCCCACAAAAUUGAAAUAUUUAUGUAAUAAAUAUUAAGAAGCUA